GUUAACUUUGCUACACCUCCAUUCAAAGAUCAUGCUGGAUGAACAGUACAGUGUAUUCAAACCACCAGAACAUGGACAUAGAAAGGUGAUCCUAUCAACUAACAUUGCUGAAAGCUCAAUUACAGUACCAGAUAUAAAAUAUGUGAUUGACUUCUGUCUGACCAAGUACAACAUGUGUGACCCUGACACUAAUUAUACCCGCCUUGUCCUCGAUUGGACAUCUAAGGCAAGCUCUACACAGAGGAAAGGUCGUGCUGGUCGUGUUUCUGAUGGACGUGUCUAUAGAAUGGUCACCAGGGAGUUCUGGAAUGAAGGAAUACCUGACUAUGGCAAACCAGAAAUGGAGAGGUGUCCCCUAGAGGCCCUGAUCCUUAAGGUUAAAGUGCUUGACUUAGGCUCCCCUGCAUACAUACUAGGCCUGGCACUCAGUCCACCUAGGCUUGAUGAUAUUGAGAAAACAAUACUCCUACUGAGAGAGGUAGGCGCUCUGGCCCCACCAGAGGAAGGCAAGGAUGUUGAUUGUACAGAUGGCGAACUGACUUUUAUUGGACGUGUUCUACAGGCCCUACCUUUGGACAUCAGGCUAGGAAAGCUCAUAGUAUUGGGCCAUGUGUUUGGACUGCUUGAAGAGUGCCUUAUCAUAGCUGCCUGUAUGUCUAUCAAGAGCAUUUUCCGCAAACCCUUCAGGCAACCAUUGGACGCUUUCAGGAGCAAACUUGAGUGGUCUCAGACACAUAUGAGUGAUCCCAUAGCAGCCUUCAAUGCAUUCAGGCUUUGGUCUGACUACAAACGCGAUGGCUGUUUCCCCAACAAUCAAAAUCAGAGGACCUGGGCCAACAAUACCUUCAUACAGAUCAGACAUCUCAGAGAGGCUGAGGAGUUGAAGAAUGAACUUGAGAACAGACUGAAGAAGUUCAACAUUUGUCUUCCUCACUUUGGUCCCAACAGGAGAGAGCAACCACUUAGGAAUGAACAGAUGCACAGGUUACUAAAGAUGGUACUUUGUGGGGCAUUCUACCCAAACUAUUUCACUCGAGGUGAGAUGGAUGAAGGCGAAACUGCCAGGACACUUAGCAACCAUGACCCAUUCAGAACUGUCUUGGUAAAAGGACUUCCAGCCAAUCAGGGAGGUCUAUACAAGUCUCAGGUAGAACAACACUUCAAGCCAUUAGUACGUGAUGGCACCAGGAUGAACAUCUUCUUUGAGGAGACGAAGGCUUUUAUAGAGUUUGAGCGUCCCAGGAAGACUGCCCAAGUUGGACAGCAGUUGAAGAAUCUUAUACAAGUGGUACUUGCUGUUAAGAUGAGAGAAUUGAGAAUUCCCAUGCAGAUUCAGCUGAUGGAUGUUGAAGAUGCCAGAGAGAAGAUGUCUCAGCUCAGUGUACUUCAGGACUCUUCUAGGAUCAAAGCAAGGCUCAGGACUAACAGGAUCAAGGCUGUCAGUGAUAAGAAGAGGAUGUCACUAGAAGGAGAAGAUGGAGAGAGUUUGCCAAGACAGGAACAGCUUCCAAGUGGCAAGAUCACCACCAUUGAGAUUUAUAUCACAGAGGUGUUGGAGUGUGGACAUUUCUGGGGCCACUAUGCUGACCCAGAGACAUUUGCCAAACUACGGGAUCUGCUAAAAGAUAUCAACAUGUACAAUGGAGCAAAUCUCAAGGUGUUAACUGGUCCAGGGCUGGAGUAUGGAGGCUACUGCCUGGCACCCUAUGAUGGGGACUACUACAGGGCUAGGAUAGAAAGGAUUGAUAUGUCAACCAACACUGUAGAGGUAUUUUUCCUUGACUAUGGUAACACAGCCACAGUGGAGAUACCCCAGCUAUGUGUCAUGGAACCCCAACACUUAAGGCUACCAUUCCAGUCCUUAGAGUUCUACCUGAGUCACAUCAGAGCAUCCACAAUGAAGUGUCCCGAUGGACGGUGGACUAGGGAGGCCAAUGAGUUCUUUAUGUCUCAUGUUGCAGACCAGAAGAUAUAUGCAAGGAUCUACUCCAUAGUGAAGGGUGUUUUGAGAGUUGAGUUGAUCAAGAAGAUGGCAGAUGGUAGGACAGAAGUGAACAUCAAUGAGCUGCUAAAGACACAGAGAUACGCUGACAAUGCUGAUGAACCAUAUGCAUCCGAGCAAAGUAACAAGAAGCGAGACAUGGAGGCCAUGGCAGAAGAGGAGGUCCUGGAGGAUGAAGAAGACUGGCUAGAACUCUCCAUGGACGGACUACAGAAGGGGGGCAGGUCACGUCGUGGUGAGAGGGUCAGAUUGACAGGUCCCUGGGCUGGAUAUGAGAUGCAAUUUUAUAGCAUGACGCAGAUAGGCAGGUUGAGAGCUGCCAGGAUAGAACGAGAUAGUGUGAACUCUGUGGCUUUAGAUGAGGAGCCCCAGGACAAGCACCCAAGGAUGAUGGUGGCAGGGAUGGUGGGAUUGAACCCUUCUGGAAGCACAAUGCAGGCCAGGGAUACCACGAUCAUGCCUAAUAUACAUGGCCUCACUGCUUUAGCUGCACUUCUCUUUACACCCAUGGCAGAACUUAGGACUGAUCCUAAGAUGAGACGUUACACAGGAGCUCUAUGUGGCCUGGGUUAUGACUUCACCCAUAAUGGUCCUGCUCUACCAGACCAUGACAUGGAAGUUGUCUUUGAUGUUGUUAUAGACAGACAGGAUAUAGCAAUGAUCAAUGGUGUUCGUAUGGCCAUCAACAUGGGUCUCCGCAGUGACCCUGCCACAGGGAAGCAGGUGAUGUGGGACAGGGGAGCUAUUGGCAAACUGCAAUACAAUGCCAGGAAGAAACUGGAAGAACUACUUGAUAGACCUCGUAUUGAUAAGGAAUGGGAGCAUUUUGCCAGACCUUGCCAGUGGAACCAGGUUAAUCCUGACAACUACCUGCCUCAUGGCCUAGAGGGCACUGAAGCUGACUGUGCUUACUUACUGGCCCUACAUAGGGCAGUGGCACUCAACGAGGAACCCCCUCCUGUCAGGCCCCAGAUAGAGCCGUAUCCAAAUAGACCAACUUCCAUGUUUGGACCUCAUGGGAUGGGUCAACAUAGAAUGAGUCAACAAACAAUGGGUCAACAUGGUCAACACACAAUGGGUUUUCAGGGUAUUGGUCACCAAAGGCCAGAUCACCACACACCAGGCAUUCUAUCAGCGGGUGUUCCAGAUCACCUCAAGUCAGCAAGGGUGUAUGGUUAUGGGCAGCUAGGAGGUGGACAUCCCCCAGAGGAAUAUCCCAGAUCUCACCCCCCAAUGAAGCCUGUACCCAGGGGUCCCCAGCCAAAGUACUUAGAUCUGACAGAGCACCUAAGCUGGUUGCACCAGAAAUCAAUUGGGCCAAGGGUUGUGGAGUCGAUAAUGUGUGAUUUCUGUGCCCAUCGUCUUGGUAGCACACUAGAACUUCUGGUGCAUAUGAAGACACCCAAACACAAGAAGAAUGUAGAGAUAAUGCUCCAGCAUUAGAGUGCAAUACAGUAUUCAGAAACUAUAGAGACAAACAGCAUUCAACGGUCGAGGAGAAAGGAGAUAAGCACUUAAAUCCUGGAGAAACAAAUGGCAGGAUACAGGCACAGCGGUCAUAGUUGAACUACAGUAAUUGCCACACAAAAUGCAUGCUGAAAUAGCUGGCCCAGAGUGUAACUAACUUGCUCUGGGCCUCCAGUCUGGUGCUUAUGUUAUACCCUUACAUGGGGAAAACCGAUAUGCAAAAUGUAGAAGACAUGUACAUUGUCUAAGACAUUAAAACGUGGAAUUCCAACAUGUCAGAAGAAGAAAGUAGUGUGUAUGUGUACACAGAUAUGACUGUAUGAACAGAUCAGGGAUUAUGACAGUUAUAUACACGAUGCAGCAUGGCUGUAAUUUUGUUGAUAUAUCAUGAUGUCUCAAAGCCAAAGAGAAAUCAUGAACUUUUUGUUCUUUGGAACUUGGCUUUGUUUGCAAUCUUAAGAUUCUUUCUUAUAGCAUUUCCAAUGCAUUAGUAAAGACCCAUCUGAGUUCUAAUACAUGUUGUUGGUUGAAAUUAUACAUGUGUAUUGUUGUGAUUUCUAGUCUUUAUUUUCUCAGGAAUUAAUCGAACAAUUCAGUUGCGUUUAAAGCAAUAUGUGUCUAAGCCAAGUUGAUAUAUCCUUUUAUUUAUAAAACAUUUUGAAUUUUUCAGAAUAAUUUUGUUACCAUGACAACCACGAUGUUGUAAACAGUUGUUACUGUGCUGUAUGGAUGUUUUAAGAUGAACUCCUGGGUAUGUCCAUUUUGGACAGUUUAGUUUAAAGAACAAGUGCCACGAUUCUUUGAUUUCUUGCUUACAUUGUAAUAUGAUAAUACUAAGGAUCAUUGCCCUUUGAAAAUACCCAGCGUGUGAUCACUGUGAUGUGGUUAGUCGAAUUUAGUUUCAUAAUCAUAAAAGCUAGAUCAGUUAAAACAGGAUAUAGUUUCUAUUUUAAAGAGUCAUAGAAUAUUAAUAAGGCGCAAAUUGUAGCUUACUUA